GUCGCGUGGUUUGAUCGAAAAAUUUGUUGAUUGUUGGAAGGGUUUUCAUAUUAGCGAGAAUUUGCUUUCUUUUCUUGCAAGAUAUUCGGUAAAAGAAAGAAGACUACCGUUAGAAGAUAUAAGGCUGAUCAAUGUCGACAAAUAAUCCACAAUACAGCUCACAGAAGAAAUUAAGGUGACUCACAACGUAGUUUUAAACUGCAUUAACAGGCACCUGUAAAUCUGACGUUAUAUUCACAGUUACUUUUUAUAAGGUCUUACUUCAGCACUAAUUUCACUCAUUUCUUCACAUUUCUAAAACAACUCCCUCCCACCUUCCCAUACUUCCAGAAAAGCCUUGGUUGAUGAGAUUUGACUGACUUCAUUUAACUCAAUGAUUAGAAGCCAUCAGUAUAAGGUGCAUCUACUUCAAAAUCCUAUUCACUCCAAUAUGAUCAAUUGUUAGAUGCAUAACAACUUCCUUAUUUAUAGUAAAUAAUCUGCUACAUUGAAUAAAUGACAUCAAUUUUUUGUUCCCUUCUGUACACUCAAGAAAAAAGAAGUGUCUUUUUAAUGUGGGGUCCUGAUUACAAAUACAUAUUUCUUAUGUUACGCAAAUAGGGUUCGAUGUUGCAUUCUUAAAUUCACUGCGUCAAAUUUCACUUGAGUAUGUUAAUAGAGUGUCCCAAGUAACAAAGUAAAAGAUCGCAGAUAUUAGUCAUAGUCAACACAUAUACAUAUCUGUAGUUGAAAGAGUGAUGUAGUUUUUCCUGUGGAAGCCCUAUUUGCUUUCACCACUUUUAAAAUAUCCCUAAUGUACAAUUUGGCAAAGGCCAAAAGUGGACGCACAAACAACUGCAGAUAAUUACCAUUGUGUGAUGUUAGACAAUGCAAUAUAUUUAGGAGCUUAUGAUGAAUGUUAUGGAAAUGAUGAAAUAAAUUUUGGCUGGAAAACAAUCUAAUUUUUUUACUGGAAAACAUAGCUCUAAAAGCGUGAAACUUAAAAGAGAGAAUGCUUACAAAAUACUUGGCUGUCUACAUUCGGCAACAUGCAUGUAUUAUAUUCAGAACCGCCUUGUAAGUUGCAAGAAAAGUUGCAUUGUGUAGCAUCGUUUUAGUUAAGUUCAUGUACCCGAGGUUUCUUUAAUCAGGCUCUCAAAAUAAUGGCCGGUAAACGGACAAUGAGGGAAAAUGGUCGAAAAUGCUUGUUGACCAGUUAAUUUUUUUCCAUGCCGGUCAUUUUGACGGGUCAAAUUUGUUUAAUAAUUCGCUUGGCCUAUUUACCAACUUAACAUUCGCAUUUGAGCAACAUUAAUUACCAUACAGUACAUAAAUCUCUUGAAAAGCACUAUACUAUUAACAUAUACUAUAAAGAAGAAUCCGGGUGUUUUGGUUCUUGAUUUGUCAUGUUGAAUUAGUGACCGGACAAAAACGGAUUUUGACCGAGCAAAAAUGAGGUUGGACGGUCAAUUUAACCGGAGAUACCUCGACCUGUAUUUGGAGCCCUAUUUAAUAUAUACUUUUAGAGUAUACCGGCAAACGUAAUGCAACUAUACAACUGUACAGUCAAUCAGGCAGUGCAUUUUGCUUAGCAGCUUUAGAAAUGUUUCUUGGGUCAGGUACAGGCGUGAGCUUAAGUUGCACAUUUACUGGGGUUUUUUGUUAACGUAGGGUAUGAAGUAUAUACGCUGGCUCAGCCUGGCUGCAGUAUAAUACACACUUUUGUAGCAGUAUAGGGUGUUCGGUUACCAAAGCUAACUUCUGUAUUUUUGCGCCCUUUAUAGCUGCACCCUGCAAGCGCUUGGAUAGUGCUACACAAAGAGUUGCCUCGACGCUAUAAGUCCGUGCGCUAAACAGGAAGCGCAUCGCUGCCGUUUGCCAUAUAAGCACGAGUAUUAAAGUGCGCUGACGCAAAGAGCGCAUUUGAAGCUAAACAGCCGCACGCAAGUUGACCGACGACGCGUAAGAAGCAGGCCUUGACGCACGCGGUUCGUAGACGACGCGGCGACGUAAGCGCAGAAUCCUAGAUAAUCUCCAUGGAAGGCGAAAAGACGGACGCGAACGUGGAGAAAUCUGACGAGCAAAUUUGCAGAGAUUUCCAGCGAGGUGUCUGCAGUCGCGGGGAUAAAUGCAAGUUCGCUCAUCCCUCGGGAAUGGGCAGCGAGCCUAAAGAUCAGCCAAUGAUAUGCCGCGAUUUCCAAAACGGCACGUGCAACCGGAGCACGUGCAAGUACCUUCACGUGACCAACCAAGAGGAAAAAGAUUUUAUGCGUACCGGGCAACUUCCGCCGGGACAUCCUCGCGGCGUACGUGGCCGGGAUUCCAACGUUCCGAUCUGUAAAGAUUUCCUCAACCACAAGUGCAACCGUGGUUCUGGGUGUAAGUUCCGUCACAUUCCGGAGGAUAUGUACGGCGGUGGGGGAGGCUACUACGAUGAACCACCGCGGAAACGUCCCAGAGAUGCGAUGGAUAACGACUACCGUUACCUCAUGGAAGAAAAUGUCUCGUUGAGACGAAAAGUAUCCGAGCUGCAGAAAGAUGUUUCGGAUCUUCGAGCCACCAAUGAUAUCUUGUUGGAGCAGAAUGCCCGCUACAGGAGGUCCGGGGGAGGUGCGGCUCCCUCAUAUGGAGGCGGCUACGGCACCGAUUCGUACAGCGGUUCCGCUUCCAGCGUAAGCUAUCCUUCACGAGAUUCAUACGCGGGUGCUGGAAGUUAUAAUGCGUAUGCAUCUGCCAAACCCACCGGAACAACUGGUUACGAUGGUUAUACCAAAUUUGAAUGAAGAACUGAUUGGAUAUUUUAAUUAUUAAGGGUUUUCACUUUUUAAUUAGCUACAUAUUCAAAAGAAAACUAUUGACAGUAAUGAAGGACGCAAUACUGCUCUCUUUUUACUUAACAUGACCUUGUGGGAGAGAUCAUUUGAUAUCCUGAGAGGCCUUUUUUUAAUUGGUAAAAACUCUUGUAGAAGUAUUACCUAUCCUUCCAUGGUCGUAAUAUUUCUAAAAACGUUAGUCUAUAACUAAAUGCGGCAGUCUGAUAAAACUAUGUUGAAUUUCAUGUUACAACAGGCUAUCUCACGA